GCUGCCCACGACUUUUUAACCCCUGCCGUCCUCCUCCUAUUCCCUCGACACGUUCACGACCAUCCCUCUCACGACACCACCACCACCGCAACCGCAACCGCAACCAUGGCCUCUCCUCAGCAGCUCCGUACCACGACGACCGACCUCCUCGGCAUUAACCACCCGGUCCUCCUCGCCGGCAUGAACGUCGCCGCGGGCCCCAAGCUUGCCGCCGCCGUCACCAACGCCGGCGGCCUGGGCGUCAUCGGCGGCGUGGGCUACACCCCGGACAUGCUGCGCGAGCAGAUUGCCGAGCUCAAGAGCUACCUGCAGGACAAGAAGGCGCCCUUUGGCGUCGAUCUGCUGCUGCCGCAGGUCGGCGGCAGCGCGCGCAAGACCAACUACGACUAUACGAAGGGAAAGCUCGACGAGCUCGUCACCAUCAUCAUCGACAGCGGCGCGAAGCUGUUCGUCAGCGCCGUGGGCGUGCCGCCCAAGCACGUCGUCGAGCGCCUCCACAAAGCCGGGAUCCUGUACAUGAACAUGAUCGGACACCCCAAGCACGUGCAAAAGUGCCUGGACCUGGGCGUGGACCUCAUCUGCGCGCAGGGCGGCGAGGGCGGCGGCCACACGGGCGACGUGCCCACGACGAUCCUGAUCCCGACGGUGGCCAAGCUGUGCGCGGGCAAGACGAGCCCCAUGACGGGCAAGCCUGUGCAGGUCAUUGCGGCCGGCGGCAUCUUCAACGGGCAGACGGUCGCGUCGGCGCUCAUGCUCGGCGCCAGCGCCGUCUGGGUCGGCACGCGCUUCGUGCUGUCGGAGGAGGCGGGCGCGCCCAAGGCGCACCAGGACGCCGUGCGCACCGCCGGCUUCGACGACAACGUCCGCACCAUCAUCUUCACCGGCCGCCCGCUGCGCGUCCGCAACAACCCCUACAUCAACGACUGGGAGACGAACCGCCAGAACGAGAUCAAGGACCUGACGGCCAAGGGCGUCAUCCCCGUCGAGCACGACCUGGAGAAGCUGGGCGACGACCUCGACGACGAGACCAUGGACAACGCGCGCCCUUUCCUCAUGGGCAAGGCCGCGGCCGUGGUCAACGAGCGCAAGUCGGCCAAGGCCAUUGUCGACGAGAUGGUCGGCGAUGCCGUGCAGUGGAUAAACAAGGGCAGCGCGAGCAUCGUGAGCAAGCCGAAGUUGUAAGUAUGAAUAAGAGAACGGGGAUAUGCGUGCAGGAAAGGAAUCUAAACCGGCCUUUUGGCUGCCCUAGUCGUUUGCGUUGUGUUGUUGUCGGUUUAGCAUAGCGGCGUCCUUUAUCUAAAUAUCAAUGCGUGUACGGAAUUUGAAUCUACUACGUUACCUCU